UUCGCAUGUGUGAAGGUUUAUUAUAUAUGUAUUAACUUUGUCCUUGAUUGUUUUAUAUCUUAGCAUGUUUAAUUCACCAAGUUAUGGUGAAGGCUUCGAAACAUAUUUAACUCACUAGUGAGCUUCUUCAUCGAUUAAUAUCACACAGGAAUUUUGCAAGAUCUCUAUUGAGCGUAGGUAGAGAAUAAUGUGUUUCCAAGAAUUAGAAUUUUUCCAUUUUUUUCAAAAGUAUCGGUUUUGUACAUCCAAUAUUUCAAAAGAAGAGCGAUGAAAAAACUUAUUUUUUUUACUGGUUAAUAACCCAUGAAGUUCACUACAAAACAUGUUCUUAUCGUUUUCAAAUCCUAUGCUUCCUUUAUUUUCUGCAAUUGUUCUAUAAAUGGUCACUCUAGUGACCAACGUGGGAGGUAAAGGGUUAAGUUGUAAGAGUAUCAUUAAGAUAAUAAUGAAAUAGUUCUUUUUCUUUGUAUAGAACAAGAUCUUGUUCAUCCAAUGCAAAUAAAAGUAUUAACAAAUUUUAUUCAAAGUUGGAUUAAUGAAUCUGAAAAACCAUUAGUUGAUCUUUAUCAUUAUUUACAUUAUUAUUGUCAGGCAUUAUGUUUACAAAUUUUAUUUGAACAAGCUCAUCGAAUACGUAAUCAAGGUGCAAAACAAAAAGAUUUACAUAUAUCUGGUUAUAAUUCAUGUAAAAGUUUUAGUAUUGAAUAUUGGAAAGAUUAUACUACUAAUAUUAAUAAUAAUAAUCAACAAAAAAAACAAAUUCCUAGUGGAAAAAAUAUGGAUAUUGGUAUGACGAUUGUAUGUGAUGAUGAUGGAAAAUUUCAAAUACAACAUUGGCCACCUUUACCUAUUGAUGAUACGGUUGCUGUUUUAAAAAUUUUAGGAAAUAGAAAUAUUGUACUGCUGAAUAGUAUAGACUCGGCUUCAUAUGAAAGUCAUCAAGAUGAAUAG